CUCCUCACCGGCCACAACCCCGAGGCGAACGUUAAUUAGCUACACCCUUCCUCUUCUCCCCACUGGCGGUGUCCCGACCCCGCGAGAACCGGAUCCUGUCACCGCCCACCAGCCGAGAGCGAUGAUCUCUGCCGAGACCGCCUCCCGGCCGCCAGAUUCCGCGACGGCGGCCGCGACGCCGCCUUGCGCCUUGUUCAAGACGUGGGGAAGCCAGCGGCUCCUCCCCUUCGUAAACGCGAGCGGCAAGGGCAAGACCGCCGUUGCGGAGGCGGAGGGGGCGUCCAUGAGGAACCCAGCGUGCGGUGACGACGCGGGGCUCGAUCAGGUGAGGGAGAAGCUCUUGGUUCACCUCCGGGAGGCGGCGGACCGGAUGAAGUUCGUGGUCCCCUCACCGCCUCUCCCGUCGCAACAACCCAAGGACGGGAGGCCGUGGAACCUGAGGGCUCGGCGGGGGCGGCCCAGGGUUCCGACAGAAAUUGAGCAGCAUCUUGGGGGGUCACCGUCGCCCGCGGUAGAGAGGAGGGCGGCACGGGCGAGGCCGGCGGAGUCGGACCGUCCCAGGUUCUCGAUCUCUCUCUCGAGGGAGGAGAUCGAGGAGGACAUCUACGCGGUGACCGGAUGCAGGGCUCGCCGCCGGCCCCGAAAGCGGCCCCGAGUCGUCCAAAAGCAGCUCGACGGUCUGUUUCCCGGCGCAUGGCUGUCGGAGGUCACCGUCGACUCGUAUCGGGUCCCGGAGUAGCCUUUUGCGGGAGGUAAGUAUACCUGCGGUGACGUGAAUCAGUCAACCAAAGAUUCUCGAUUUGCCUCACACGGCAAUUCGGUUCGAACAGUAAGCAAUCCAAAAGAGCCUUUUGGCUAAUUCUUUUACUCGCAAAAGGUGAGGGAAUUCGGUUGCACUGUCAUUGUGGUGUGUUGUGUUUGAAAGCAUCCCCUGCUUCUAAUUUGUAGCUACAGAUCUGGAAACAAUUAUUGAUGCCACCCAGAUUAGUUUAUUUAUGUAUGAGCUAAUAAUACUUAGCAUGGUGGGCAGUUUCUUUCCAGGGGUCGUAUAAUUGCAGGAAUAAAUGUGUCUCGAGUUUGGUUGCUUCAUAGUUUUAAUACCCCCCCCGUCCUUUGUCUGUGUGUUUUGGCAGUACCUUCUUUGCUCAAUUCAUAAGACAUGGAAGAAGCAAGAUUUGGCGUUGAGAUCGGCACCAUGGAAAAGGGUUGGGGUAAUUAAUUGGUGGAAAAUUCCAUUGAAGGUGUUUCCAAAUUUCUCUUUUGGCAUGUACAAUUUGUCUCUAAAUGAAACGAAUCAUGGGAAGGGGGUGAAUGAAAUGAUUUCUUUUU